AUGGGCGACGAUUCCGAUUCGGAUUUGCCGAGCCUUGUAAGCGAGAGCGAUGUGGAGGUGCAUGCGGGGGAGGCGGAGACGAAGGACGAGGGGAAGGAGAGCGACGACGAUGCCGUCGAGGAGAAAAGCUACGAGUUCACUCAUGAGGAAUACUACGAGGACAUUUAUGGCGACUUUGACGACGAAGAAGACGACGAUGACGACGAAGACGACGACGAUGGCGAAGAUCUUGACGACGAGGAGGAUUUCUGGGAAAGCGAGAGGGCCCGCGGUGGCGACGGCGCGAAGAUGCUUCGAGGUCUCGCCGAACCCAAGGUUGGCGACCAGCGCGCCGGGAAGAACGCCGGCAAGAGCGCCGGCGGAGAUUCGGGCGCUGCAGGCGCGCCGGGGCUGCGGAAGGGCUUUUUGAACCAUACGACGGUUUCGGAGGAGGAGGAGGAGGAGGGUGGAGCGGGUAAGGGCAAGGACGCGGGGUCCAUGGCGGGGCUGCGCCCGGGGUUCUUGAACGGCGCAAACGAUGAGGAGGAGGAGGUUACUAAGAGUGGCGGCACGAAGGAAAAAGGGGGAAAGACAACUGGUGACGGCGGUGGGGACGAAGGUGCGGAAUCGGAGGAUGGCGAGGAGGAUGAGAAUGAGGAGGAGGAGGAUGACGACGUGCAUGUGGACGGGCACGUGUACGGCGGCAGGCGCUACCCGUACGAGCACCACGAGCAGCACGAGCAGCACAGGGACCAUCCGAAAUUUUCCAACAUUCCGGAUUUCUGCGGCUGCCCCUUCUGCACCUCCUCCUUUUUCGGAUUCCCGGGACAGCCGGUUAGUCCGCGCGACCACAGCCGCAGGGAGGCGAGUCGGAUGAGGGGGGAGUGGGAAGAAGCGGAGCGGGAGCGCGUGCGCGCCAGGCGGCGGGAGCGGGCGGUGGCGCGGCGGAAGCGGGAGGCGGAGGAGCGCGAGCUGGCGAAAGCGCGCGCGGCGGAGCGCCAGGCGAGGAAGGAGGCGGAGGCGGAGCGGCGCAGGCGGGAAGAGGAGGAGAGGAAGGUGCGCGGAACGGUGGUGGCGCAGGAGCUGGCGGAAGCGCGGCGGCUGGAGCGGGAGCGCGAGCUGGCGGAGCUCAAGGGCGCGGCGGGGGCGCCGGCGGAGGAGGAGCGCGCGGACGAGAUCGUGGGGCGCUGCUGCGCAGGGAUCAAGCAGGCGGACGGCGCGGGGCAGGGCUCUGCAUCCGCGGAUGCAGGCGGCAAGGCGGGGGGAAGCGGAGCGGGCGGGGAAGGGUGGAGCGGCGGGGGGUGUCGGUGCCCUGGGGGGAAGCCGCCCGUAGUGUGGGCGCAGAGGCGCAUGAGCGUGAGGUGUAGCGAGGGUUGCAGAAUGGUGUGGCACUACGAGUGCUGGCAGAGCUGCAAGCGCGAGGGCGAGCGCGGCGAGUGGAAGGCAGGGGAGCUGUGCCCCACACCAGAUUGUGGUGGUGCCAUCGUCAGUGCAUGUCUAAUGGAAAGAGAUAAGGUGUGGGCGGAGGAGGACGAGAGUCUGACCAUAAAGGUGUACAAGAAGGGGGGCAGUGACGGGGAGGAGGAGGGGGAGGAGAAGUCAAAGAAGGCCAUCAAGGCACAGGCCAAGGAGGAGGCAGCAGCAUGCCAUGUGUUGGUGGAGGGGUUGGCAGCAGGAGUGGACGAGGUGGAUCUAGUUACCUGCUUCACCAGUGCGCAUGAGCAUCUCGCUGCGCUGCACCGCUUCCCCCAGCACCACCUCGCCGUUGUCUCCUUCAGCGAGUUCCCUCCCAUGCCCACUGCUGCCGCCGCGCCUGGAGGGGGUAGCGGGGGGGCGGAUGGGGCGAGGAGAGGUGGAGGAGGGGGAGCAGCAGGAGGAGGGAGGGGAGGGGGAGGAAGGGCGGGAGGAGGGAGUGAGGGGGCAAGUGGGGGAGGAGUGGGAACGGCUUGGAUCAGAGUGGAACCUGCAGCAAGGGAGGCACGGCCAGCUCUUUCAAACCCAUCAAAGGCCAACAAACACCCGCCUAUCGCUGCCGCUACCCCAUCUACCAGUCCACCUGCUCCCUCCACCAAGCCGUCCAAACGGGCCCCCACACCCGCUGCUGCUGCCCCUCCCCCUCCUCGUACCUCUGCUCCUGCUCCUUCCGCCACACCUGCCCUUUCCUCUCACGGCCCAGCAUCUGCUGCUGUGUGUGGCGAUGGGACGAGUGGGGAGGAGGAGGGUGGGAAGGGUGAGAGUGGUGCCGGGCUGUCGAAGAAAGAGAGGAAGAAGCUGAGGAAGAAGCAACGGGAAGAGGAGAAGGCGAGAGUGGUGGAAGAAGGGGGGGGGAGGGAUGUGGAGGAGGCAGUGGUGGGUGCAGGGGAGAAAGUGGAGGAGAGGGAGGAGAGGGGGAUGAAAGAGGUGGAACAGGAGGGGACAGUUGGGGGGAGGACGGAGGGGGAGGGUGGGGGAUGGGUGGAGGCGACGAGGGAGGGGGGAGUGGAGAGGAAGGGGGAGGGGAGGAUGGAGGGGGGUCUGUGGA